UGGCGCCCCGGCUCCAUGGCUCUGCGGAGGGCACCAGUGAGUUAGAGAAGAGCUGUAAACGAUGGCUGUGGCGCUCAGAUGCUUCCGUCAUCUGCCUUCUCUGCUUUAUCGUUCCUCGUUCGCAGUGACACGGGGGCUGCCGCAGGCUCCUGCAGGCUGCCCAGCCCUGCUCCUGGAUGGCUGCGGGCAGUGUGUCCAUCAGAUGCUGCUGACCAGACAGCUAGCUACCAAAAAAGCUAAAGGUAAAGGGCAGACUCAAGCCCGAGUGAAUAUCAGCGCUGCCCUAGUUGAGGAUAUUAUCAAUUUGGAGGAAACCAGUGAAGACAUGCAGGCAGUGGUAGAAGCUCUGAAAGAAGAUUUCAGCAGAAAUCUCAGUGUUAGAACGUCACCAGGGGCCCUUGAUCACAUAAUCGUGGUGACAAAAGACGGGAAGUUUCCGCUGAACCAGCUGGGGCAGAUCUCACAGAAGUCACCGCAGCUCAUUAUAGUGAACAUGAGCAAUUUUCCAGAGAGCACAGCUGCAGCUACGAAUGCUAUAAGGGAGAGCGGCAUGAACCUGAACCCAGAAGUGGAUGGGACAAUAAUUCGGGUGCCAAUUCCUAAAGUAACGAGAGAGCACAGGGAGAGCCUGGCCAAGCUUGCCAAGCAGUCCACCAACAAGUCCAAAGAGGCCCUGAGAAAAGUGCGAAGCAAAAGCAUCAGCCAGGUAAAGAAGUUCAAGAACAAAGUGUCUGAAGAUACCAUCUGGCUGCUAGAAAAGCAGAUCCAGCAAAUGGCAGACGGCGCUGCAGCAGAGAUGGACAAGCUGCUGGCAGCAAAGACCAAGGAGCUGCUUGGAUAAGCGCCAUCCCUAUGGAUGCACUCCCCCCUCCAGCAAGAACAGACUGCCACGCACCCCAGCGGCCAUCCCUGCCGGGAGUCAGCAGCCUGGGGCGAUGGGCAGCUCUGCCAGACCUCCAGCGCAGCUCUGCGCUUCCGCUGCGCCGAUUCCCCACCUUGGUUUGUACUGGAGGGAGGGGGAGCUCUCCUCGCUGGUCUUUGUCCGGGUGGCAACAGAAUUGGGUGAAUAAGAUUAAAAAUAAAAUAGCAGGAAGGAGGACUGGAGGCUGCUGGAAGGGCUCCCACAGGCGCUGAGGUGCAGCAGGAACGACUGCCCCGCUCGCCUUGGCGCCAGCCCGUUUGCAUCCCAGCACCUCGCAGCCUGGCAGGAGGAAGGACCAUGCACAAGAGAAACCUGUGCUGUCCUGCUGUGAACCUCGGCAUUUAUUUUUGCUUAAAAUAAAGUCAAGAUGAGAUGUGGAACAGCCUUGGGACAGCCAAUUCCUGGCUGGGGUGUCUCCGGGGGUUCGUGUGUCUCAAAAGAAGCGUUUGCCCGUUGCCUGCAGCCUGGCCGCCGGGAAGGCACGAGGGAGCUCAGCGCUGACUGCUGCAGGGUGGGCAGGGCAGACGGGCUUUGCUUUUCCCUAGGCUUUGUGGACAGAGAACUGAAACCGGUGCUGGCAGCAUGGCUGUUUCAGCCAGGACCGAGAAGACCAAGAGCCAACACAGGAACUUUCCAAAACUAGCACCCGCUCUCCGUGACCAGUUAUGGCACGCCUGUGCCAACCACCAGUACCACGUUUUAGGGGGCGGAUGAGGUAGAAGCAGAAUGGGGUCCUGAGCUGGUCGCACAGCUCACCUCCUCACUACCAGCAGGUACUUCCCGACAGUUUGCCUCCCUGCGGCCUCGGGCAGCGGCGAGAGGAGGGAGGGUGGUGGCCAGCCCCACAGCUCCGCUCCCAAAGCAUUUGGGUUCAAAGAGCACUGAGUGCUCUGCAGUCCUUAAAUAAACAACUCCCAAAAAGUUAGUUUGUGCACAGUGGGGAGGGGGAGGAGGAUGAAGGAUUUGCUCUGUUAGGGCCCCACAUGUCAACAAUUUCUCUGCUUUGUGUAUUUUGGCCAAAGUGCUUACCAUGAUAAAUG